CCGGCAGCUGAAGAUUCUGGCUGCUUUGGAAGGCUGCAACAACCCCCACAACACUUGACAGCCAUUCGUGCAAAAAACCAACUCCCAUUCUCGCCCGUCUAUAAUACUACAGGGCGAGCAACUUUUCUGGGACUAAGUCCCAAGAUUGGGACUUUUACUGAAAAUCACAAUUUGUUCUAAAAAAUCGAACAUUCGAUUUUUGACUUUUGGAAGGAAUUUCCUUCCAUUUAGCCGUUACAGAUCUCAAUAAUUAGAGUCUGUCACUAUUUUUAAUGCUAAUUAAAAAUUUAAAAUUUUCUGAUCAUUUUUUGAACUUUUCACAGAGUCUUUUUUUUUUACAAAAAGUCUGAAAUUUGGAAUUGAACACCAUCAACACUUUUUAAAUUUGACACUAAAUUUUUGUGUUCAUAAACUUAUGAAUUCGUGUCAACUCUAAUUCACAACCGCAACUAAAUUGUCUUUAAGACAUAUAAAUCAACACAUCUACUAGUCUGUGGUAGUUCGUGCAAUUGAUCUUCAUUUUCAUGCACCUUACUCGAUGCUAAUGAUAUCAAAAACUGGUUAGUACUUUUGUUUACGAAUAGCUUACUCGAAAUAACACUAGAAAUUGGUUAAAUAACUUAUUUCUAGACUUACAAUCUGGGAUCCUUCCUUUCAUAAAGUUACCUUUCCUAAAUACUACUUGAUGGACAAAACUAUGGUUUUCGUUACUGAAUUUCCUUAACCAUUUUUGAAUUGGACUGCUUACAAGUACAAAUAUACAGGCCGUGUUAAGCUUAUAAGCUAACACAAACAAAAUGUGAUGCAUACUCACAGGGUAAGAACAAUUACCCCUAAAGUCUAAGACUCACUUUCAACUCUCAUUCUUGAAAAUGAACGAGAGAAAAUCUUUCAUUAAAAACCAUCCUUUCUGAAGUUAUUGACGAAGAAAUUCUCGAUGCUGAAUCUUACAGAUCCAAAACAAUGAUAUUUAUGUCUUUUGACUUUUCUUAAAAAUCCCUUUUAAAUUUGAAUUUUUCAAACUUCAACAACCCAAAAAAAAAAAUCUAUCGUCGUUUCACUAACCAAAACUCCCCAAAUCAUGUCUAAGCAUGAAACCAAACCAUAAGUGGGAAGGGACCUGGUUUGUUGGUGGGGUUGGGGGUCGGGUAGUGUGGGGGAUUGGGUUGGGAAAUGUGAAAAAUUCUGACGGCAGUAGGCGACGGAGGGGCCGGCAGCUGAAGAUUCUGGCUGCUUUGGAAGGCUGCAACAACCCCCACAACACUUGACAGCCAUUCGUGCAAAAAACCAACUCCCAUUCUCGCCCGUCUAUAAUACUACAGGGCGAGCAAUCUUUCUGGGACUAAGUCCCAAGAUUGGGACUUGAUGUAGGAUUUAUCAUCAAGUCUGAACUUAAAUUUCUGACAAUUUUAAUUAUUUAAUUAAAAUUUAAUUGCAAAAAUGCAUUACCGCAAACGAAUUGUUGAACUUCAUUAAGCAGAACAAGCUGGCUAUGACAUCUUGUAAACAGACCCUUUUUAGGGUUGUCUGUACGUAAAACAUUAAAUUUCUGUACCUUAUGCUGAUCUUGUUGAAUAUGGCGUUGCUUUUCCUUUACUUGUUCCUGGCUAUUGGUCUAAGUCUGAUCUUGACUAAUUUGAUGGUCUUAACUUAUCAACAUUCAUUGCUGAUGAAAAGCUUCUUUCUAAUUUUUAAAGCUUUAUUGUUUAAAAUGUGUCUGUUGUUCCAAAAUUUGGUCUAAAUAAAUGUCCAGGUAUCUUACGUUCUUCUUAUUGGAGAACUAAAUUACCAACUGUUAAUGGAACAUUACUUACUCAUAAUACUCUUCCUUCUUUUUUGGCUUCUGAUAAUUCAUCUUCCGUGUAUGAUCAAUUGUUUACUGCUGGAAAUAAACCAGCAACAAGACGUGUUUCUACUACACCAAAUAAUUUGAAUUGUCUCACUGUUGACUUUGUUUCUUAUACUGGACUUUCUAUUCCUUUUAGUGAAAUAUUAACAAAAGGUUGUUUGUAUUUCCAAUUAGUCAAUCCACCUGAUUCUUAUAACUAUUAA